UGUCCCCCCCCACCUCCGAGUUAUUACUUCCUCUUUUCACAGUCAUAAACUCUUUAACUUCUUCUUGUCUUUUCUCAGUUUACAGAGUUUCCCCCCUCGUUAUCAAGAAUCAGCUCUGCAAACUAAACCAGAAUGGGACAGCCAAGCGACCUUUUCUUCACCCUCCUCCUCCUCGUCUCCCUGUGCUGGGGUCAGAGGUCAAACCCAGGCGGCGGCGAGAGGUCGUCCUGCGAUCGCUGUGACCAGCGGCUCGCCUGUAACUGCUCCCACGGCGGAUUCACCCGCGUUCCCACGGUGACAGGCCGCGCCGUGACUCUUGAUCUCUCCUUCAACAACAUCACCGUGGUGACCGGCGUCGACCUGACAGGACACGAGGAGCUGAGGACUCUGAGUCUCCACGGUAACGGACUGGCUGCGAUCCAUCGCUCAGCGUUCGACACACUGUGGAGCCUGGAGGAGCUCGAUCUGUCUGACAACCAGCUGACUGCUCUCAACCACAAAUGGUUCAGAAAGCUAGGAGCUCUGCAGCAGCUCAACCUGCUCGGCAACCCGUACAGCUGCCUGGGUUCUCGUCCAGUGUUUCAGAGGCUGGUCAGGCUGAGGAGGCUGGGGUUCGGAGGUCCUGCCCUGGAGGAGCUAAAGAGAGGAGAUCUGUCUGGAGUCACUCAGCUGGAGGAGCUCACCGUGCACGCCAACAACCUGACGAGGUACGAGUCCGGUGCUCUAGCGGACAUUUGGCCGCUGGGUUGUGUCACGUUAAGCCUCCGCAGUCCAUUUUUAAAAAACGUAUCCUUAGCCUCGGCUGUGCUCCGGGACGUGUCGUACCCUGAGACACCUCUUGUUCUACAAGACCUCCAUUUGAUUGUGAAUCAGUCUAUUCAGCCCUUCAGAGAGACCGCCACGAGGAGAGUCAGGAAAAUUGCCUUCCACAACUUUUCCGUGUCCGAUGAGGCCUCUGUUGGCUUCCUGAUGGCGAUGGAUGGAGCGCCGCUCAACACUUUAAACCUGGACAGCGUCACAUUGACAGGCGAGGGCAGGUGGGAGCGAGCUAAAUUGACCGAUCAUAAAAGCAUAGACGAGUUCUUCAUACGAAACGUCGUGGUGCUGGAUAUCUUUAAGUUUGUCUCGUUUCUGCAACUGGGGUUUCUGCUGCAAUACCCCAGGAAGGUGUCCGUCAUAAACUCUCAGGUGUAUUUGGUACCCUGUCCCACGACCCACCUGCUAGUGAACCUGCAGUACCUGGACCUGUCUGACAACCUGCUGACCGACAUGACUCUGGUGGAGACACUGUGCGAUGGAAACAGCACGAUGAAGGACCUCCGAGUUUUAAACAUCAGUGGAAACGCUCUGAAGUCUUUGUCUACGAUGAGCCGGCUGGUAACAAAGCUCUCCAAACUGACCCACCUGGACAUCAGCAAGAAUGAGUACAGCUCCAUGCCCCAGAGCUGCUCCUGGCCCUCCACCCUGCGAUACCUCAACAUCUCCAGGGCCAAACUUACAACCAUCAGCCCCUGUCUACCCGCAACUCUGGAGGUGUUGGAUCUGAGCAACAACGAUCUCAAAGGCUUCAUGCUGGUCCUGCCUGCCCUGAGAGAGCUCCACCUCUCUGGGAACAAGUUACUGAGUCUCCCCCCUGGAAGGCUGUUCCCCAAUCUGCAAACACUGACAGUUCAGUCAAACACCCUGAACAUGUUCGACCGUUCAGACCUCCAGUCAUACAGACGACUGCAGGACCUCCAAGCGGGUCAGAACAAAUUCGUCUGCUCCUGUGACUUUGUCGACUUCCUCCAGUCGGCCAUUAAAGGAGGUGAAGACAUGCAGUUAACAGAUGGAGAGGAGAGCUACGUCUGCGACUCUCCUCUCUACCUGCAGGGGGAACCGGUGGGUCGAGUCCGCCUCUCCGUUGUUGUGUGCCGGCGGGUUCUGUUUGUGUCCGUAAGCUGUGGGGGGGCGUUGUUUGUAGGGAUUCUGCUGUGUGUCCUACUGUGGCGCCUCCAUGCGUUCUGGUACCUCAAGAUGAUGUGGGCGUGGCUGAGGGCCAAGCGUAGCUCCCGGCGACGGCGGCGACACAGAGAUAAAGAUUGCUCAGAGGAGUUGCUGUCCUACGACGCCUUUGUGUCCUACAGUGAGAAAGACGCUAGCUGGGUGGAAAACUUCUUGGUACCCGAGCUGGAAGGGCCAAGGGAGAACGAUGAAGACUCUGGGAAUCCCACAUCCCCCCGGUCUUUGACCCUGUGCCUCCACAAGCGGGACUUCCUUCCUGGACACUGGAUUGUGGACAACAUCAUGAGCGCCAUGGAGCGCAGCCGGCGCACCGUCUUCGUCCUCUCCGAGAAUUUCGUCCAGUCCGACUGGUGCCGCUACGAGCUGGACUUCUCCCACUUCCGGCUUUUCGACGGGAAUGCGAGCGGAGAUGCGGCCAUCUUGAUCCUGCUGGAACCGCUGUCCAAGGACGACAUCCCCAAACGCUUCUGCAAACUGCGCAAACUCAUGAGCUCCACCACCUACCUGGAGUGGCCUCAGGAAGAGGAGAGGAGUGGGGAGUUCUGGAGGAGUCUCCGCAGCGCUUUGAGAGGAGAGGAAGAGGAAGAUGACUGAGAGGGAAAGACAAAGUGGUGAAGAGGAAGAGAUGUAAGAUGAGAAUAAAGAACCAAAGCAGCAGCGGGUAGAGAAAGAAUUAGAAGAAAGAGAAGAGUACAAAGAAGGAGUGAGAAGAGGCAAGACAAAGAAUAAAGAUGAGAAGAGGAACUGAAGCAGGAGGAGCACUUUAACUUAAAAUAUGUUAAAGAGCACCUCCCCAACUAGCUUUCUGAAACCGACAAUAUGACAAUACAACUCGUCCCAACUCAGUUUACGAUGCUGAGGGGCGCUGACCAAUCGGCGAUAUGUUUGAUGAGUCGGGAGUGAGACCGGGUUGAAUUACCAGGUUUGGUCACCUCCCAUGUGUUCCUGUUUUUUGUUAUCUUUGUCAAACUUUUGUAGCUUCAACGCUUUGAUGAACUCAAAUGAUAUUUUGCAAGUGUUUGUUUAAAUGACAAUUCAAAUUAAAAAGUGUGGUGAUAAAUAUAGUUUGUAUAACACACAUUACAUUGUCUCAUUUUAAAUUGUAAAUAAUCUUUUGAUUCAUUGAAAAUUUGUCAAAAAAUGUAAUGCAUUAAAUAUUUGUCCCUUUAAAGCAGGGUUUCAAAACCCAAAGCAACAACAUUGACAAAAUAAAAAUGCAUCUCCAAA